CUCUGAUUUACCAACAAAGAGUGCUAAUUUACCUAUUAUACCUGUAGUGACAACUGAUAACCAAUGUACAUCUAAUGACGACACCAAUCUGAUAUUAUCCGGUUUACCAUUAGAAGCCCAUAAGCCAAUACUUGGUUCUAAUGCGACAGCUCUUAAAAACACUGUCAAGAACCUUCUGCUUCUAGACGCAAUAACAAAAUAUUACGAUGGCCCUACCAAAUAAAAAUAAUACCAUACUUCCCGACACCAUGCUCUACCCGAUGCAUCGUAGGGGAGGUUAUAAGGGCAGACUUUGUUCAAAUUUCUCACAAGACGGCCACUGCAAUCAUUAUGUAAGCAGGCCUAAUAUUGGACAGACCACAGUGAACCAAUGUGCCCCACGGUUACCCUCAAACAUUUUAAAUAAUAAACCUGUAAGACGUAACUUUUCUCAACACUUUCCCAUUGGGAAAGAUGGAUUACUAAGUUACUCACCAUCAACCCAACCCCAACUAGCAGGUGCUUGUCUUAACUGUCUGUCAUGUCAAGUUCAACAAAUUAAUCCACUUUAUCAAAAUAAUGAUUUUUUUGGCCUUCAGAAAUCCCUGGUCCCACUAGCAUUACAGUUUGUUCAAGUGAUAGCCCAUAUGAUCUGUCAAACAUAAUAAACCACAGUCUAUGCAAAUCCAAAAUACACAACAUCAACAGGGAAGCUCUCGAUUUUUUCACACUCCAUACUGCCUUUUUAAGCUUAUUACUUAUCAAUGCACGUUCACUUGUGAACAAAAUUUCAGCCUUGAGAACAUUAGCUUUUCUAGCCAAGACUUCUUUCAUACUUAUCACUGAAAUGUGGUGCUCUCAAGUAGUAUCUGAU